AUGUGGCACCUACUGCAUGGAGUAAAGUCUCUUCCGAAGAAGUACAACCCAGCUCGACAUCGAAAUGCAUUUUUCUACCACUACUCAGAAGAACUCGAUGACGAGCUCCAGCCAUCAAAAUGGUAUGAAAGGGCCUACCCCAAAUUAGUAAAGUCGGCCCACAUAUUGAAAAAUGUGGACCGAAUCGAUGGAAGGCUCACAAAUAUCGAAGAUUGUUCAACCUUCAUAGAUGAUCAGAUUGAUCAGGAGAUGCAGACGUUCAAGUCACUUGCCAGGGCCUUUAUAGGGGCUCCUUCAUUGCAGCAAGCACUGAGGAAGGCAACAUCAUCGGCACCAGCCAUACCCAAUGCUUGUUUUGGUAAACCAAAUGAAAGAGAAUCUCUAACACUAAAUUCUCUCACCAAAGUAUGCGAUUUUCUUAACGUCUCUGCCCAACAAAGGAAGUCAGUGCGUCUGAGGAUAUGCCCACAGGUCACGCAGCAUCACAUAUGGCGGGGUGUCCUCGAGGAGAUACUAAACAAUCUGAAAUCAGAAAUGGGUGCCUUGCAUUGUCAUCCACUGACAGCCAGAUUGCAGAUGGGAGAUCAAAUAAUCUCGAGCUGUGUAUGUUUCUUGGCUGAGAGUGCCUAUUCCUCCUCUGAAUCUGACUCACCUUCAUGGAUGCGGCUGGCCUCUACAAGGGUGGCCGAUUCACCACCCUCUCGCAAAUGGGGCGACAUUCUAGAGAUGUUCGAUGAUCUCAUAAAGUGUUUGAGACCCGAGAAGAGGUUGACUGAUCAUGUGACGAAGCUCGAAGCAAUGAGAGAAGGGUUGUAUCAGAUCAAGGAAGUCUUGGUAGAGAGAGAUAUCGGUUACAGGGAGGCGCGGCACCAAGAACGGCUAGUGCAAAAGAAGCUUACACAGACGUUGGGCCACUCAUCUAAGUGUUUGUUCACACUCCUGUUGUAUUAUUUAUAUGGGAGUGUUAGAGAUGUUGAAGUGGAGGUUUGUGGGGGAGUUUAUGGGAGAGGGAGUGGUAGCUUUUGCUUGUGCAUCGGGAAGGUUUUGACAUCAGAUGGUGAGAAGAUGCUGUGGAAUGGAAUAAAGCAGUUGGAUAGAGCUCUUGGGCUGUUCAAGUUUGUGUGGGAAUCAGCUGGGAUGAAAGGGAUGUUGGAGCUGCAAGGCCAUGUAUGGUGUAUGAGAGCUGAGGAAAGGACACUCACAUAUAGAGGAAAUGUGUUCUUUGUGCAUGGGAUUAAAUUUUGA